AUGGAUUGUUGGGAAGUCAAUGGUGGUAACCCGGUUGUGGAGAAUGAACUGAGGGCAGCGAAGUCAGAGAGUGUUAUGAAGGGAGAAGAAGGAAGACCUCAGAAGAAAGCUCAGCCUCCUAAAGAGGUUCGUUCAGAGGUUUCUACGACCUUUGGUGGGAUGACCAAAGAGAAGAUUAAAAAAGGCUUAAAAGACAUAGUUGAUGCCAUGAGGAAUGAGUUUGGGAUGUGCCUUAGGGAGAUCAAGUUGUUGGGAGAUAGGAUGGAAGCUGUGGAGUUGAAGAGUGAAAGUAUGAAUGGGGCGAAGGCGAAAGCAGGACAGAAUGACGCCAAGCCUAGUGGGUCCGCAAAACCGAAACAGGGGGAACUAGAAGGUAGACAAAGAAGGCUGAUGCUAUGGAAUAUGUCCGUGGAAAGAGUGAGUGUUGCUCCCUCACAACAAUAUCCUUUUAAGAGAAACAUCGCUGUCAAACUGAUCACCCAAAACAAAAAGUUUGGCCAAGGCUAUGAUCUUUUUGCUCCCGCUGACAAGAAGAUGACGAAGUUGCUCAAUGAGUGGCUGAAACUUGACCCCUCUGGAGAACAAACCACGAAGAUGUCCAAGUCGGUUUUAUCAGGUCCUCCAAACCCCCUUAGAAUGGCUGGUCAACUGUGUAAGUCUUCUGCUAUCUACAUACUUAUGUCUUCUCAUAUGGAUGCUUGGAUUAAUGUACUGAGGCAACAGUACCAAGAAAAUCGAUCUCACUUCAGGAGCAAGAGAAUCAUUGCUUCACAUAUUAGCCCUGAACAACUCGAUGAAGUAAUGGAGUCUUCUGCCACAAUGGUUCUUUAUGUGCUUGUUGAGUGCACUGGCACUGGAGAACAACGUGUCCGACACACACUUGAGCCAUACACAUAUGAGAAACAAACUGUGGAGUACCUCAGUGCCGAUCUGGUGAUUGUGGCGUGUUCACUCUGA